ACCUCAUAAUUUCAAAAAACUAAAAGUUUAUCAGGGUAAUUGCCAAUUAAGGCCUAGUGGCCCCAAUUGUUAUAUUCUAGGGUGAUGUAAGUAAAAUUCGCAUAAUGUAGCUGUUUAAAAUUAAAAAGUCCAGCUAACUACAUAGGGCUUUAGUUCUGUUAGUUGGUUUCAUUUCAGGGAAAAAAAAUUUUAUGUUAUCACUGAAGGGCCUGAUAAAACUUAGAUGUUUAAAUAUAAAUUAGCUAUAAUGUUAUUAUGUUUUACAUGGUAUACAUGAUUUUGAAAUUUAUAGUGAAUCCUCUUAGGUGCAAAAAUAAAUUUUACAAUGGCAGAACCUAAAGGAAACCCAUUUCUUAGGAAAAUUUGUAGUGGGUAUGUUGGUGUUCCAGUUUGUCUGCUUGGUUUGAUUGGGAACGUCAUUUCCUUUAUUGCAUGGAAAAGAAUUAACAAAAAACGCUCUGAUUCAAGUCAAAGCGCUGGUGUUUUGAUGAUGGCACUUGCUUGUAUUGAUAGUGGCUUGCUUGUUUUCUUUUUACUUACAGAGAGCAUUCCACAAUUAUGGCCACAUGUAAUGCAUGCAGCACAUUUUGUUACUUUUCAUUGUUAUGUUGGAUUCCCAUUAUUUUUCUUUUUCAUUGUGGCAAGUAUAUGGAUGGUCAUUUGUGUCACCUACAACCGCUUCAUUGCAGUCAUUUUUCCAUACCGAGCUCUCCAACUUAAUUCUCUUAAAACUACAUCUGGAUUAAUUGUUUUGACAUUGUUUUUUUCAUUUGCUAUUAAUUUCCCCCAUUUUUUUAAUUUUCGCCCAUCAUUUAAUGGCACAAAGAUAGAGAAAACAAAAUAUGGUAGUUCAGAAGUUGCAGAACGUUAUGAUUUUUGGGCCCACUGCAUGGUGCUUGUGUUGGUUCCAUGGGUUACAAUAUUUGCUUUGAAUUCAGCCAUUAUCUACAAGCUGCUGAGAAAGAAAAAUAUUGGACAAGUUCGGAAAGGUGAAGGGAAGAAAGAAAUGCAAACAACAAUCAUCUUACUGGUUAUUACAAUAAGUUUCCUUGUUUUUCUUGUUUGGCAAUGUCUCACACAAUGCUUUUGGAUGUUACAUUAUGGACGAAAUGAUAAGGACACAUGGUUUAACGUGGACAGUGCAUAUGGCCCAGCGCGACUAGGCGUCGUUAUAAAUUCUGCAAUUAACUUUGUUCUAUAUUGCUUGUCAGGUGGAUUUUUUAGAAAAGAGCUGAAGAAAAUGUUUUGUCACUCAACAUAUGUAAAGUUUAACAACACAUCAACAACCAGAAGUUCAGUAAUAUCGCAAAGAUAUUCGAUCACAAAGGAUUCGCAUAUUUCACAAAGGUCUGAUAUGACCAGUGUUAACUAUGGUGCUACUAGUCCGUCAGAAAGUGUUAAAUCUGUUUGAAAUUGCUAUUGUUUUAUAUAAGGCCAAAUGUUUGCUCUUGCAAUGCUGUUUCUAAACUAGAAUAGAAGUGUCUUUUUACAAAAAUUUCACAUAAUUUUUUUUAAAAUUAUUUUUAAAAAUUUAAAUCUGUAAUGUAUUUACAUAUAGAUAAUAAGUAUUAGUUUAUGUUUCUUUUGAAAUCAUAUCGAAAGAUGGUUUUAAAAUACUUGUUUCAUAAAACAGUCAGAUAUGUUAGAUAUGUUAAAUUUCUGAUUGAAUCAAAUCAAUAAAAUGAUUAGGAAAGUGUGCAUAAUUUCUAUAAUGUAUAUAAUUUUUUGAUCCAUGUAGUAGUAGGUUAUGAAUAUUACCUAAUACAAUGCUUUAUAUAUAUAUUGUAAAUUUUCCAGAAAGUUUAAUUGACACUUGUAAAGAUAAUUUUUAUAUAACAGGAUUUUUAUAAAUUAAAAAAAUUACUGUUAAUUCAAGCACUAUACAAAGCAGGAUUUUGAAACGUAAACAAAGAGAUUUUUCUCACUGUACUGACAUUUUAAGUUUUUAUAAAUCAAUCACUCUUUCACUGUUCUUAAAAUUAAAAGGUAUGAAUUAUUAUCUCAGAGAAGUUUAAAAAAGUAUACAUAUUUCCAAUUUUUUGGUGUAAUAUUUUGUGCACAUUUUUUAAACGUUUUUGAGCAUUUUUUUUUUGAGUGCUUUUAAAAUUUUCAAUAUGUUCCACAAAACUAACAUUUAUUUUUUGCAUUUAUUGUGAAAUUCAUUUUUCUGACUUCAUGAUUCUUUUAGAUGGAAAUUAUGCUUUUUUGAGAUAUUUGAUUUUAUAAGAAAAUGCCAGACUUUCCUGCAUAUUUCAAAUUAGCACCCUGGGAUAUUAUUGAAUUUUCAAAUUUCUUGUAUGACUAGGAACUUAACUGAGAUGGCUGCCUAAAAGCUGGGCAUUUAGUAAUUAUAGACAAAAAAGACAUGCUCUUUAAGUAUAAAUAACAACAACAGUACUCAGACAACAAAAAUUCUUGAUGGACGGAUGAUAAGAUAAAAAGAGAAUUUAAGCAUAUAAAUGGUUUAUUGCCCAAUGGUAACUUAUCAAUAUAUAAAAAGUAAAAUAAUUCAUGCAAAAAAGUUUUAAUUUUUCUUUUGUGUAAAGGGAGCAUCAAUUAAAUCAUAUAAUUAUAUGGUAUGCUUCUUAUAAUAUGUGCAAAAAACAUGUAUGUGUACUUAUUCCAGAGAUGAAUUUAAAAGACGGUUGA